AUGCUGAAUCUCAGAGCCCUUAUAAGAUUUUUCUCAAGCAGAAAUGGGAUUUUACCUCCAGGCCUUUCCAAACAAAGAUCGAUAAUAGAAUUCGAGCUAAAAAAGGUUAGGAACCCUGAGUCUUUUAUCAGCAUUUUAAAGGACACACAUUGAUCGCCCCACCAGCAGAUCUAUGGGAUUCUGCUUUUUAAUAAGUGAUUCGACAAGCAUGAUAUAAAUACCUUUAUAAUCAAAGAAUAUCACCAUGUGAUUGAGAUGAUUUUAAGUGACAUCCAAAAUCUUGACUACCAAGCCGUCAUUGAUUUAGCUAAUUUAAUAUCCAAUUCCACCGGAUGAAGAGAAAGAUACCUAAACACAGAAAAUAUCGAAUCCCUUAGAUUUCGGAUACAUGAGCUAAUUGAAUCAAAUUGCUAUAACAAAACACAAUUAAUCAGCAUUCAUAAAGCAUUGAAAAACUUAAAAUUCAAUGUGGAAAAUCUCUCGCAAGAAAUUGAAAAGAUUUUGAAAAAUCCUGCUAUUCAGCUGAGUUUACAAGAAAUAGCUGAUAUUGUGGUAGGAUUGGACCUGAAAUUAAUGAUGAGCCGCAAGCAUUUAUUUGGCCCAGUACUUGAUCGAGUGAUAGAUAUAAAAAUUGAGAAUUUUGACUCACAAUCAGCUUUAACAAUAUUGUCAUUUUUUAAAAAAAUUGAUUUUGGUGCAGAAUUUGAGUCUAUUUUGCUAAAAUAUGUAGGGAUUUUGGAAACAAAAAUGACUAAUUGAAGUGAAUAUGAGCUGCUGGAGGCAGCAAAAUGCUAUAGCAAAAUCAAAAUAAUGCCAUCUGCAAAGUCAAAUAGGCUUUGAAAUAAUAUCAUAGAGGUGUUAUUGAAGAAAGGAAAUAAGACUGAUUUGAGCUUUUUAAUUGAAAUUCUAAAAAAUAGUGAAAUUGCUAAAGAGAAGCUAGUAAAGCUGGCUUUAAGCUUAGUCUUUCCUAAACUAGAAAGAAGACUUAUUAGAACUGAAGAUUUACUCCCAAUAUUAGAGAGCUCCAAAAAAACUCCAUUAUCUUCAGUGAAUUCAGAAUUCCUAAAAAAACUCUUAGAAAGCUUACCAUUUUAUAAUGAACUUGUCCUCUUUGAAGCUAUCAAUCAUAUAUCAUUCAUUAAAUUUUCUAAAUUAGGCUAUAUUUCCUCAUUUUCAUCAGUUCUGAACUUUGAUAAAAUUUUAAAUUUUGACAAAAACUCCCUAUCAAGAUUGCCAUAUGACCAAAAGUUUAUUAUUUUAGAUAAAAUUUUCACCACACAUCCCUCAUUAAGGCCUAUUCUUAUGCCAUGAUCUGAUUUUCUUAUAGAAAAUAUUUCCCAAGAAAUUUCAGAUCCCCAUAGAUUAUUUCAAAUGCUUGCAAAGAUUCGUAAGAUCUCAACAAUCCCAAAUGAAACUUAUAUCUCCUCACUCCUCCCUCCGUUAGUGAACAAAACCAUUGGAAAAAUCCCUAUUUUUUCACUCCCCCCCCCCCCCCUCCGUGAGCGAAGAACAAAACCAUUAGAAAAAUCGCCAUUUUUUGACCAAAAACCCACCCUCCGUGAGUGAACAAAAAUUUUUUUAAUAGAAAAAAUUUUAAUGGAAAAAAAUUUGGAUAUAUAAGUGAUAAUUAGUAUAAUGAAAUCUAGAGCUAAUUCUGUUUAAUUUUAAACAAAUUGCGUUUUAAAACAUAAAUUUUGCAAAUUAAAUUAAUAUUUGCUUCCCAAUUUUUGCAAAUUAGGAUUUUUUUAAAUUUCGAAAAAAAAAUUUUUUUAUAAAAUUUAUAUAUAAAUUUUUUUAAAAAAAAAAAAAUUAACCCCCCUCCGUGAGCGAACAAAAUUUUUUUGUUCGCUCACGGAGGGGGGGGGGGGAGUCAGUAAAAACAAAAAUUUUUUAAUAUGAAAGUUUUUUAUAGAAAAUAGCUUGAUAUUUAUUAUAAAGAAAUCUCUAUAUUCUGAACAGCUUAAAUUUUAAAAAUUAAAUUAAUAUUUUUUUUAAAAUCGAGAUCCUUUUAAAUUUAUAUAUAAUUUUUUAAAAAAAAUUAAUACCCUCAGUGAGAGAACAAUUUUUUUUGGCUCGCUCACGGAGGGAGGAAUCAGCAACUUUUAAAGAGCUAAAACCAAUCCAGGAAAAAGUUUAUAAGUUUUUGGACUUUAAACUGGCUGAAAAGAAAUUUUAUAAAGGGGUCUUGCUGUUCUCUUCAAUAUUUUAUGAAAGCGAUCCGAGUGCGUGGGUAUAUUUUAUUGAGAAAAACAAGCUAAUGAUAAAUGACCAAGAUGAAAUCCAUCAAACAGUAAAAUUCACAAAUGCGCCUUUUGAAAAAAUCAAUUUGCUUCUUGAAAAGUAUGAUAUUUACACGCCUAAUAUCAUAAGGUCAGCGGUGCUAAGACUUCAGGGUUCCACUGAUAAAGAGUUUUCUGAUUUUUUGACCCACAUUAACAAUAUUCAUGCAGAUAAUUUUACGAUUCAGCCAACUUCUUUUAUUGAUUGGCACUUGUUUUGGAAAAUUUGCAGAGAAAAUAAAACAAGUUUGAUUUCAGACUUGCUUGACAAAAUUAGCAUGAAAAUGAUGAACUUGCCUUAUUCUAACCCGUUCAUUAAUGAAUAAACCACAAAAAAUGAACUUUUUUAAAAAAAUGACUCAGAAAAGGAUUUAUUAUAAUUUUUUUUUAAAAGGGUAAGCAAAAUAUUGAUACUGCCAUUUCAAUAGCUAAUAUACUAACUCCCCCCCCCCCCUCCGUGAGCGAACAAAAAAAUUUUGUUCGCUCACGGAGGGGGGUUAAUUUUUUUUUUUAAAAAAAUUUAUAUAUAAAUUUUAUAAAAAAUAUUUUUUUCGAAAUUUAAAAAAAUCCUAAUUUGCAAAAAUUGGGAAGCAAAUAUUAAUUUAAUUUGCAAAAUUUAUGUUUUUAAAACGCAAUUUGUGUUUAAAAUUAAACAGAAUUAGCUCUAGAUUUCAUUAUACUAAUUAUCACUUAUAUAUCAAAAAUUUUUUUUCCAUUAAAAUUUUUUCUAUUAAAAAAAUUUUUGUUCACUCACGGAGGGUGGGUUUUUGGUCAAAAAAUGGCGAUUUUUCUAAUGGUUUUGUUCGCUCACGGAGGGGGGGGGGGGGAGUAAGCAAUGCAGGAAAACUUACAAAAGAAUAUGCCAACAAGCUUAUUAAAGAGCUAGAUCCUAAGCUUGCUCUUAAAAAAGAGCUUAUAAUUCCAAUAAUUCUUGAAUCUUCAAAUGAAGAGCUUAAAGUGCUUUUAUUUGAAGAAAUACUCAACUCUAAAAUAAACUCCAGUCAAUUUAUCAAUAUCAUUGAGUUUAUUCUGCAGAGGCCAAGGCAAGAAAAUAUUGAAAACAUUGUUACCCAAAAUAUUUGAAAUAUCAUAAAAAACUAUAGCGUAGAUGAUAUCAUAUUAAUUUUAAGCAGCCGCGAGCUAUUUGAAAAUUACAAAACAGAGCACUCAGGCUUAGUACACUUGAUGCUGACUCCCCCAUCUCCGUGAGCGAACAAAAAAAUUUUGUUCUCUUAUGGAUAGGGGUUAAUUUUUGUUAAAAAAAUUAUAUAUAAAUUCAACAAAAAAAAAUUAAAUAAAUUUCAAUUUAAUUUGCAAAAUUUAUGUUUUAAAUACAAGCUGUUUUAAAAAAAUUAAACAAAAUUAGUUAUAAUAAUUUUUCACUUAUAUAUCAAAAUAUUUUUUCAUUAAAAAAACUUUUGUUCGCUUAUGGGAAUGAGUUUUUCCCAAAAAAAGGAUUUUUAAUUAUUUUUAUUCUCUCACGGGGGAUUGAGCAAAUGCUCAGAGGUAAUGAAACAUAAGCCAAUUUACUUGCAUCAUAUUUCAAAUAUAUUUAGUAUUUUACCAUAUGACUGACAGAAUAUCAUUUCCCCAAAUUCAAUCAUUAAAAAAUUGUUACAGUCAAAUGAAAGCUUGAAAAUUGGAUCAUGAAACCAAAAGUUCAUACAGAAAAUGACUAACUCAGGAUACAAAGAUGAUCUAAUUAGUCAAAUUCUGUUCAACAGUAAGAAUACACAAGACCAACAAUUUUUCCCAGAUUGCCUAUCAUAUAUAGCUGAUUUUAGACUAGAAGAAGACCCACUUGCAGUUGUGACACAUUCCAGGAUCAUGGCAGCCACCGAAAAGGACCAAAUUGUGUUUGACAGCAAUUUAGCGACUGUGAAGUAUUGCUAUGGACUUAUCCGAUGUGGAGGGAAAGAAGCUGAGAUUAAGAGACACUUAACAAAUGCCAAACAAUAUGAGGAAGAAAAUUUGACGUUCAAGCACGUUUUAAUUGAUAAUCAUUUGGCCUUAAAUCAUCCAGAUUGGGGUUUACAUCAGGAAUAUCCGAAUUUUGGAUUCAAUUAUUUGAGCUACUUUGGGAUUGAACCAGAAUUAAUGAAUCGAUAUAAAAUGAUAUUCCAAAGCCAAGGGGUAAGGGUCGGUGAAUUCGUAAAUAAUGUCUGGGUGCCUCUAUUUAUACCUCUAAGACAAAUUGCUUUGUGGCCGAUCUCAAAUUUCAUAUUUUUUUACCAAACGAAAGAUUUGAAAGGGGAAUUUCACAUGUAUAAAACUCAAUUGAGUCAAGUUUGCAAGAAAGUGGUCUUUUUGCCAAAAAAUGUGGGUAAGGACUUCAAAAUCCAUGAAUUUCUUGAAAAACCAUCUAUAUAG